AUGACUGAAGUAAAGCGACCUGGUUCUUCUUCUUCUUUUUCUACGAGGAUCACAACAACACUCCUUGAUUCUCUUCAGAAACAAACACAUCUUAUUCCCAAUCAUGUCUUUAGUUUAGAAGCCUUGGCCAACAUUGUGCACACACGUUUUGAAGCUAGACAGAUCUAGCAAGAGUCUAGAGAAGACGCUGUCCUCUCUCUUUUACACCUCAAAUCCCGCUACUUCGUCCUCUCUUGUAUAGUCUCCAUAACCGUCAUCACAUCAACUUCCUUCUCACACGACCAGGGCCUAAACCCAUCUCUGAAGUCAUCUUUUGCUUCAGUGAAGUACUCGUGGAUGCGAGUAACAUCAACUUCCAUUGUUGUCUAUGGUCUCCUCUUCCUCUACUCACCAGUUCCCAUGUUAUUUCUAUCAGCUCUCUUCGGUUACACACCUACACUGCGUCACCUCAUCACAGUUCUCUGUCUCGGCAUUGAGGUCGUAUACAUAAUGGCUAUAACAGGGCUUGGCCUUGUCAUCUCUGUAGUAGAAGAAAGAUACGGUAAAGAAGGAGCGGCUCUGAUGAAAGGGAGGAGGAUAACAGGAUUGGCUUUGGCGGGUGUGUAGGUGUUUCUGUCGAGUUUCAUUGGUCAUGGGAUGGAGAAGCUGGCGAAGGAGACUGGAAACGUUAUUGAAAUAGUUGGCUGA